AAGUUAGCCAUUGCUGUGUGUCGUGGCUGUGUUAGUAAUACGCAAAAGUGGCUAAGAAAAUAUUUAUUACGGUCAUUCGAAUUAACAGGACGAAUUUUCCAACUUCAGAGUAUAACAGUCGUCUCUACAUCUACAUAUAGAUAGGAGGAUUGACCCGGUCUGGAUAUGUCCUUCAUAUUUGAUUGGAUUUAUAGUGGUUUUAGUAAUGUACUGCAGUUUCUUGGACUGUAUAAAAAAUCUGGUAAACUAGUAUUUCUUGGUCUGGACAAUGCUGGCAAGACUACACUACUGCAUAUGCUUAAAGAUGAUCGACUGGGGCAACAUGUGCCAACGUUACAUCCAACUUCAGAAGAGUUGACGAUUGCUGGUAUGACCUUUACCACCUUUGACCUUGGUGGACAUGCACAGGCUCGAAGAGUGUGGAAAAACUACCUUCCUGCAAUCAAUGGCAUUGUCUUUCUUGUUGAUUGUGUGGACCACCCGAGACUGGCUGAAUCCAAAACAGAACUUGAUGCACUACUGACAGAUGAAACUAUUGGAAAUGUGCCUAUCUUGAUUCUUGGUAACAAGAUUGAUAAGCCAGAGGCCAUAAGUGAGGAGAAACUUCGUGAAAAGUUUGGACUGUAUGGUCAGACAACUGGCAAGGGUAAUAUUCCCCUGAAAGAGCUGAAUACCAGACCACUAGAAGUGUUCAUGUGCAGUGUGCUAAAGAGAGAGGGAUAUGGGGAAGGCUUCCGCUGGCUUUCACAAUACAUCGAUUAGAGGCCUUUCUACAAGGAGCUGCACCAGGAACUGCCUAACCAAAUUCAAACUUAUGUUCAGUUCUUUUUCAGCCUGCCAUCACGCUCCAAAAGAAAACAGCAGUAGUCACUCCCUAGUACAACCUAAUUUAAAUAAACUUUUGUUGGGUAGACGUGUAAUUCACCUGUUUAUUUCCCCUUAAAACAUUUCUUAGAAUAGCAUAUCAGUGUCUCCAUUUGCAAGCCAAAUAGAUGACUUUCUGUUUUUUUGUUUUGUUUUUGUUUUUUUUGUUUCUUUGUUUGUUUUUGUUUUUUUUUUUUUUUAAUUCUGGAUGUGUGAAAUCUGUAACUUGUGGAAUGAAAGCAAAUAAUUUGAAUGAUAUUGGCACCACUUUGUUUAAGAAACUGAGAUGUUUAAUAAUAUGUUUGCAACCAUUGGGAUGUUUUUAGAUUUAAUAGUAUCCAUCUAUGGGAUUUUGUGAGAAAAUCUUUGCUUUCAAGAUUUUGUAUAAUUGCAAAAUUAUACAAAAAAAAAAUGGGGCUGCCAAUACCUUUCAAAUUAUUUGCUUUCAUACCACACACAGUCAUUUUGAAUGGUGUGGCUUUUUUAUUUAACAAAACAAAAAAUUAAAUCUUGUAAUCUCUUGUACAACUCUAUUGCUCCCACACACAAAAAGUGGUGCCAUGAAAUGAACACUGAAAUUCCCAUUUAGUGUCUUUUGAUCUAUUGUCCUUUUAUUCAACUUUUGAUCUCAACCCCAGAUAUCUUCAGUGUUAAGCAAACACAGAAGUCUGUAAGAACUGUACAUCUACUAUCCAUAAACUACACUAUAUACAGUAUGUAACAUAAUGGGUCUAUUUGAAUAUCAUAUGGAUUGUAAUCCGUGGUUUCGAGUUAUUGAUUUUUACUAAUAUGUACAUCAAAAGCUAAAAUACCAAGUAUCAUCAAACAAUAUCUAAAAAAAAAUUGCAAAAAAGGGCUACCCACAUAACAUUUUGAACAGUUUAGAGGAGCCUCUUUAAGUCAUUUUAAGGAGGCACAAUGCCACUUUAUUUCUGUUCUUCCUUUGUAUCCUGCUUGUCAUUCCAUAAGCUGCUGCAUAUAAUGGAGAAACAUUAAAAAAUAAAUAAAUAUAAAAUGGCAAAUCCUUCCACGAA